CUUCAGCUUGAUAACACAUAGACAGCAGCACAAAGAAAAAACAGCUAAUACUUAUUGAAUUGCACAUCCUCAACCCUAUAAUCAUCGACAUCCUAUUGCAAAGAUGCCUUUAGAAGAAGAGACCAAGUCGAAGGAGAUGAGAGAGCUUUAAAAUUACUGGAGAUGGAGGAUGAUGGGCAGGAAGAACGGCAGCCAUCAGGCUGCUUCAUGACAGCCCUCGGGUCUAUGGUGACCACUGUCAGGGACAGCAUCAGGAGGAGGCGAGUGAGAAAGAGGCAUAAGAAUAAUCACAUUCCUAAAAUGCAUGUAGAGAAAGAGGAGGCAGGAGGUGAGAAGCCAACGGUGAAGAAAAGAAAGCGCCGCUGGGUGAUCAACCCAUUUAGGAGGAGGAGGCCGAAGGACCGAGAGGCAGCAGCGGCUGCAAAGACCAUAGAAGAGUCCAGUAUUGAGGAGUGCAGGACAGAAGAGGUCAUCAAGGCCCCUCAGGUCACUGAGGCCACUGAAGUCACUGAGGGCAAGGAGGAGGACGUGACAUCCGAGAGCCUGGCUGAGGCUGCAGAUCUACAGGCCGAGGCAUGUCCGACGGCUACUGAUCAUGACGCGAAUGAUGAUGCUGAUGAUGAUGAUAUUGAUGAUGGUGUUGCCACAGCCACUGAGGAGACCAGGAGAUGCUGUGAGGAUGUUGUCCAGUCUACCCUUCUGGGUUUUGACAUACCAGAGGGACUGAUAACACAUCAGACACUGAGACACGUCAGAGAGACCGACGAGUCAAACGCAUGGGAUCUAUUCGUGCUACUGAGCCUGGCUGUUUUUUUGGGGGUCAUUACAUUCUAUUUUUUUGUUUCCCUUUUUAAAAUCAUAACCGAAGAUGUGUAAUGCAAGAACGACAUGGACUGGAUGUGUGUUGGGGGAAUCAUGGACUGCGAGUGUGGUCGAAAACUCCAAAAUGAGAAAUAGUCAACUCCAAAAGAAAGAAACUUACAACUUUACCAUAAAUUGAACUUUAAAUUUACCAAACAACAAACCAACAAACCGGCUAUCCAACUUUAAAAUACAUUUCUUUCAAAU